AACAGCAGCCUAUCUACAGCAACUCACCUCUUCGAUCUCCUCCAACAUAGAGGCUGUACUUAAGAGCAAGAGAUACAGUACAGUCACUAAUUUGAUUUGAAGAUGCCUGCAUACCAUUCUAUCUUCCUCGAUGAGGCUGACCUCCCACUUAUCGGAAACUUCCCUCUCCUCCCUCUGCGCACUCGCACUCGUGGCCCCGCAUAUGUUCUCCCCGCGCUUCCUCCCUCAGAGUCCGACCUUGACAUUGAUCCCAAUAGCGAAUCAUAUGACUGCAUUGAUGAGAUUCUGUCUCUGUUCCGCGCCAAUGUUCUCUUUCGCAAUUUCGAGAUCAAGGGUCCCGCAGACCGCAUGCUGAUUUAUGGUAUAUUGUUUUUGAGUGAAUGUUUGGGCAAAGUGAAGGCUAAUAUGACGGCUCGGGAUGCUGAGAAGGCAUUGAUCAAUGUGGCGCUCGAACAAUUCGCUAUUCCCGGCGAUGUCUCAUUCCCUCUAAACCAAGCUUUUGAGCGUCCACGCGACCGACAAGACGCAGAGCAACUCAGACAAUACCUCUCCCAAGUCCGACAAGAGCUUGCCAUUCGUUUACUUUCUAGAUUAUACCCUGGUGGUGAAGGUCCUUCCAAGUUCUGGCUUAGUUUUGCAAAGAGGAAGUUCAUGGGAAAAAGUCUAUAGAUGUUUGUGCCUGUUGAUAUUAGUACUAGGUAGCACCAAUGUGAUUUUAUUUGCGUCC